AUGAGCUCGAGUGAGGGCAUGAAAUUUAAAUUCCACUCAGGGGAGAAAGUGCUGUGCUUCGAGCCUGACCCCACCAAGGCGCGAGUCCUUUAUGAUGCCAAGAUUGUCGAUGUUAUUGUUGGCAAAGACGAAAAAGGAAGAAAGAUCCCAGAAUAUCUGAUCCAUUUUAAUGGUUGGAACAGAAGCUGGGAUAGGUGGGCAGGUGAAGAUCAUGUGCUUCGAGACACCGAUGAAAACCGAAGAUUACAGCGUAAAUUGGCAAGAAAGGCUGUAGCGCGUCUAAGAAAGGGAAGAAAGAAGAAGCGCUGCAGGCUCCCUGGUGUCGACUCAGUUUUAAAAAGCCUCCCUGUUGAAGAAAAAGAUGAAAAUGCUGAAAACUCAAUAAGCAGUUCCUCUGAUGACAGCAGUGAGGAGACAGAUGAGGAAAUAAGUGAAGAAAGUGACACCGAAGAAAAGAACGAAGCGAAAGAAGAGCCGGAGCUGCACACCAGAAGGGAAAUGGACGAAAGGCCGAUAAGUAUCGACAUUCCUGAGGUUUUGAAGAAGAAGCUGGAGGACGAUUGCUACUAUAUUAACAGGAGGAAGCGGUUAGUGAAACUUCCAUGCCAGACCAACAUCAUCACCAUUUUGGAAUCCUACGUGAAGCAUUUUGCUAUCAAUGCAGCCUUUUCAGCCAAUGAAAGACCUCGUCACCACCAUGUCAUACCACACGUCAACAUGAACGUGCAUUACAUCCCUGCAGAAAAGAAUGUGGACCUUUGUAAGGAGAUGGUGGAUGGAUUAAGAAUAACCUUCGAUUACACGCUCCCAUUGGUUUUGCUCUAUCCAUAUGAGCAAGCUCAGUAUAAAAAGGUGACUUCAUCCAAGUUUUUCCUUCCGAUUAAGGAAAGUGCCACAAGCACCGCCAGGAGCCAGGAGGAGCUGUCUCCGAGCCCGCCCUUGUUGAAUCCAUCCACUCCACAGUCCACCGAGAGCCAGCCGACUGCAGGGGAAGCAGCCACACCCAAGAGGCGCAAAGCUGAGCCGGAAGCUUUGCAAUCUCUGAGGCGCUCCACACGCCACAGCUCCAACUGUGACCGGCUAUCUGAGAGUAGUGCGUCACCUCAGCCAAAGCGCCGGCCACAGGACUCAUCUGCCACCAUGCCCAAGCUGUUCCUGCACCUGGAAAAGAAAACGCCGGUGCAUAGCGGGUCAUCGUCCCCCAUUCCUGUGACCCCCAGCAAGGAAGCAAGUGCUGCGUUUGCUGGCUUUGAAGGGAGACGGAAUAAUGAAAUAAAUGAGGUCCUCUCCUGGAAACUGGUCCCCGACAAUUUCCCCCCAGGUGACCAGCCGCCUCCACCCUCUUACAUUUAUGGCUCACAGCAUCUGCUGCGAUUAUUCGUAAAACUUCCAGAAAUCCUUGGAAAGAUGUCUUUUUCUGAGAAGAAUUUGAAGGCUUUACUGAAGCACUUUGAUCUUUUUCUGAGGUUUCUAGCGGAGUACCACGAUGAUUUCUUCCCAGAGUCUGCGUAUGUCGCUGCCUGCGAGGCACACUACAGCACCAAGAACCCCCGGGCUGUGUACUAA